CCUAUCAAGAUGCCUUCGACACAUUCAAUACAGCUCGAUGGGUUAGCCCUUGCAAAUGUCCGUCUUCAACCUCCGCAGCCCCUCCUCUGACCUCCCCUAAAGCCCCGUCUUCUUUCCUCAACAAUAGCCACACGCAAGCCUCCUCAAAGCCCCAACCACGACCAGCACAAACAAAAGACGUCCAAGAUGGCCGAUUCCCACUCCUCCCGACUCGCAUACGGUUCUCCCUCUGAUGAGGUGGCGGAGGAUUACAGGAAGGCGCUCGAGGAUCUGACGAUGAACUCGCGAUACGAAAUCAGCAAUUUGACAGUUAUCGCGAAGGAGAAUACAGAGCACGCGCUGGCUAUUUCAGAAGCAUUAAAGAACCACAUCAAGCAGACUUCGCCGGCCAAGAAACUACCUGCCUUUUAUGUUCUCGACUCUGUGGUGAAGAAUGUCGGGACGCCCUACACCCUCUUCUUUGGUCGGCAGCUAUACUCGACCUUCAUGGAAGCGUACGCUUUGGUGGAUAAUAACGUGAGGAGAAAAAUGGACGAGAUGCUGAAGACUUGGAAGGAGCCAGUACCAGGAUCGAUAGACACGCGACCAGUGUUUCCACCAGAAGUGACACGUCCAAUCGAAAAUGCUCUGAUCAAGGCUAGAACAUCGGCUGUUCAGGCUCACCAGGAACAUCUCAGAAGCCAGCAGCAGCUUAUGGGUAGAGGCCGUCCCAUUGCGUCUCCUGCCCCAUAUCGUAAUACUCCAACUCCACCCGGUGCAUUACGGCCACAGACCCAAGUCCCUCCGGGAUAUGCCUCGGGUUAUAGCCAACAACAGUUUCCCCCUCCAGCGAACGGACAGCAGUAUUCCAACCAGAUGAACGGCCACCAGCAGUAUGGAUUACCACAGCAACCCCCAAGCCAACACUACUCCCAACCAUCUGGAAGUGCAUCAUCUUGGCAGCAGCCACAGAUGAUGGGAUAUCGCGCGCCUGAGAAUAGCAUAGACACAUUGAACAGUGACAUUGCAAACCUUAUUACUGCCUCAAAAGCAGAAUUCGCGCAAAAUCCUUGGGAUAGCAGUAUACAAACGAGAUUGAAGGCAUUGCUUGACUUACAAACAAUCUUGUCGAGUCAAAAGCUACCCCCUGAUCAGAUAGCGCUCAUUAAAGACCAAGUUGCACAACUCUCUGAAGCUUCUCAACCGCAACCUAGAAUCCAAACCCCUCCGGCACACCCACCUCCACCUGCACCCGUAGCAGCUGCUCCACCUCCUGCGCAGCAGCCUUCAUUGAGCUCAAUAUUAGGGUCUGGCGCUCUUGCUGCGUUAUUAGCAAGACAAUCUGCCACCCCGCAACCAACACCCCCAGCUCAAUCUGUUGCUCCUGUUCGGUCACCACCACAAACCCGUGCCCAACCUUCUUAUAAUCCCCUUGCGCCCCCUGCUUCAUCUUCUACUCCCGUUCCAGACCCUAACUCCUUACUCGAGAAGUUACGAGCUGCGGGCAUGCUUCCAGCAGUACCGGCAGUACCGGCUGCAACGAGCACUCCUCCUUUGCCUAUAGGUUCAUUGGUGGGAAGUGUCCCGCCUGGAUUUCCCCCUCCUUUCAUCAAUACACCUCCCAAUGCCACAAGAACACCACUAGCUGAUGUCCCCAAUGAUGUCGUGCUGAAGCCUGCGUCUCUCAAGAUUCCCCGCCCUCAUCUCAUAUCUAAUCUCUAUGAGCGUCUCGGCUCGCCAUGUACUCAAUGUGGACGGCGGUUUCAAUCAGAUGAUGAAGGCAGAAAAAAAAAGACGGCUCAUAUGGACUGGCAUUUUCGAGUUCACCAACGAAUGACGGAAGCAGAGAAGCGAGGCCAACAUCGCAGUUGGUACGUCGAUGAACUGGAUUGGAUUAAGUCCCGUGAAGUUGAGGAAGACCAAAACACCAGUGCGGCAGACAUCGCAGGCGGACCAGGUGCUGCAGGCUCGGUCACAGCCAACGAGCCCAAACUACAAUAUUUAGCAGUCCCGGAUGAUCCAGCACUUGCCAACAGUAUCUGUCCUAUAUGUCAGGAGAAGUUUGAGAUGAAGUGGCUUGAUGACGCUCAGGAAUUUGUGUGGAUGGAUGCAAGGAAAAUUGGGGAUCGGAUUUACCAUGCUAGUUGCUACGCGGAGGCUACGAAGGAUGGCGGGAAUUCACAAGUUAAGAGGGGUACCCCGGAGCCAAUAUUAGGAAAGCGAAAGGCAGAGGUCAGUGGCAUCGAAAACAGACGUCUUUAAGUGUUGGUUGACGAUAUCAUAGGAUGACCAUUUUGUAUUCAGGGCCAAGGUCAAGACAGAACCUGAGGCAUGAAAGAGGCCAAGGUGU